UUCUGGCAUGCCUCCUUCUAUAUCACUACCCUGGAUCAAAUGAAAGUAGUUUCAGAAAGAUGGUUCUGUUCAAGCAUUCAUCAACUGUGAGUGGAUUAUUUUUACAUCGUCAUGUAAUUCUGUUGUUGCACUAUAUAUCAGUCAAACUUGUUUAAUAAUGUACUGAUAUGUAAUUGAAUGGACCUGAAAGGCUUGUUAGUUACUGCAAUAUCAAUGCAAACAUACAUUGACGUGAUCAUCAAAAUAAUUUUGAAUUCUGGGUUAAUUUGUUAUUACUUCCCUAUCAGUACGACCCAAAGAAUGAAAAAUUAGAGAAUAUGCUGAAGAGAGCUACGAUGCCAGACAGAACUGUUAUCCUAACAAUGGUAGAUGAAUCAUUGGCAAGUCCUGGAUCUCUCCUUCAAAUUUUACUAAAAAGUUUCAAAUCAGGUGAAGGAACUCAAAGGUUAGUGAAUCACUUAGUGAUCAUUGCCAUGGACCUCCAAGCUUUUCAGUACUGCAGCUCCUUGCACCCCUAUUGCAUCCACCCUUCCAUCUUUCCGCGUCAUUUUGCCACAAAAACACAAUCAAUUAUGACAACCUCGGCUGAUAAGUUAUUCACUUGGACAAAAAAGGAUGUCUUGUUUGAAGUGAUUCGAUUGGGUUACAACAUAAUUUUCACGGAUCCAGAUGUGCUGUGGCUUAGGAGUCCAUUGAUAAACUUCAAUCCAAUUAAUGAACUCACAAUUUCAUGUAAUGUGUUGAGUAAUGGAGAAAGAGGAAGUUACCUGUAUGAUGAGGGUAUAUUCUUCCUGAAAGCAAAUACCAUUUCCUUCGAAUUUUUCAACUAUUGGAAAUUGACCAAGAUUCUUUAUCCAAACGAUCCCGUAGAAGAGUCCUUGUGUACAACAAUAAAAGAAAGGCAAGAUAUAGCUGACACGUAUGGCUUUCGGAUUCAGCAUGUAAAUACAAGCUCUUUUGGAGGGUUUUGUCAGCUAAAUAAGGAUAUGUUCAGGGAGGUUUAUACCAUUCAAGCUAACUGUUGUGAUGAUCUCAAAAGCAAAGUUCAUGACCUGAAUAUUGUUCUGGAUGAUUGGAUCCGCUUCAGAAAAGGUGCAUCAGAGGACAAUGCUUUGGAUAAAAUGGCUUUGAGGUGGCCGCAGAAGUGUUCCAGAAGAAAUCAUACUUAGAAUAGAAUCUCAUGUUUAGCCGAACUGAUAUGUUAUCUAUCAGUCUAGCUUCAAUGUCCAUGUAU